ACACUUCGUAACGUGACUCUAAUGUCAUGUGACUGAAGUAACCAAUAGUAGCGUGAUUUUACCAGCUGCUUGGAAAGUCACGUUGCUUGUCACGUUGCGUACGGUGUGCUUCCGAGUGGUGUUGUGUGUUGGUAAUGAUUUGUGUUUGUGCGUUUUGAAAGGAUCGUGUAAUAUUUAUUAAUACGAACGUAAACAUCAUAGGUAUGAUUGUGGCGUAUUCAAGAUGAAAUACGCGUUGAUAUCGGUUUAUAUUUGACUUGGAUAAACUAAUUAUGAGCGGAGAGAAGAGACAAAAGCAUUCCGUACAUUGGUUUCGAAGGGGACUUCGUCUGCAUGAUAACCCUAGUUUGCGUGAGGGGUUAAAAGGUGCUACGACCUUCCGGUGUGUGUUUAUUUUGGACCCCUGGUUUGCAGGUUCUUCGAAUGUUGGAAUCAACAAAUGGAGGUUCCUGCUGCAGUGCCUGGAGGAUCUGGACCACAGCCUGAGGCGCCUCAACUCCCGCCUGUUCGUGAUCCGAGGCCAGCCCGCCGACACCUUGCCCAAGCUCUUCAAGGAAUGGGGCACCACGUGUCUCACGUUCGAAGAGGACCCGGAGCCGUUUGGGCGCGUGCGGGACCAGAACAUCAUGGUGAUGUGCAAGGCCCUCAACAUCACGGUCGUAGUGCGCGUCUCGCACACUCUCUACGAGCUGGAGAAGAUCAUCGAGAAGAACGGCGGCAAGGCGCCGCUCACCUACCACAGGUUCCAGGCGGUGAUCGCGUCCAUGGACCCGCCUCCCCCGCCGGAGAACACCAUCAGCCUGAAGCUGGUGCACUCGGCGUCCACGCCCGUGUCUGAGGAGCACGACGAGGUGUUCGGCGUGCCGACGCUGGAGGAGCUGGGCUUCGACACGGAGGGGCUGAAGCCCCCGGUGUGGCACGGGGGGGAGUCGGAGGCGCUGGCCCGGCUGGAGAGGCAUCUGGAGCGCAAGGCGUGGGUGGCGUCGUUCGGGCGCCCCAAGAUGACGCCCCAGUCGCUGCUGGCCAGCCAGACGGGGCUCAGCCCCUACCUGCGCUUCGGCUGUCUGUCCACCCGCCUCUUCUACUACCAGCUCACCGACCUCUACAAGAAGAUCAAGAAGGCGUGCCCCCCGCUGUCCCUGCACGGACAGCUGCUGUGGCGGGAGUUCUUCUACUGCGCGGCCACCAAGAACCCCAACUUCGACAAGAUGCAGGGCAACCCCAUCUGCGUGCAGAUUCCCUGGGACCGCAACAAGGAGGCGCUCUACAAGUGGGCCAGCGGGCAGACCGGGUUCCCCUGGAUUGACGCCAUCAUGACGCAGCUGCGCGAGGAGGGCUGGAUUCACCACCUGGCGCGCCACGCCGUCGCCUGUUUCCUGACGCGCGGAGACCUCUGGAUGUCCUGGGAGGAGGGCAUGAAGGUGUUUGACGAGCUGCUGCUGGAUGCUGAUUGGUCGGUGAACGCAGGCAUGUGGAUGUGGCUGUCCUGCUCGUCCUUCUUCCAGCAGUUCUUCCACUGCUACUGCCCCGUGCGCUUCGGCCGCAAGGCGGACCCCAACGGCGACUACGUCAGGCGCUACCUGCCCGUGCUGAAGAACUUCCCCACGCGCUACAUCCACGAGCCGUGGAUGGCACCAGAGUCGGUGCAGAAGGCUGCCAAGUGCAUCGUGGGCAAGGACUACGCCCUGCCCAUGGUGAACCACGCGGUGGUCAGCCGCGUCAAUAUGGAGCGCAUGAAGCAGGUGUACCAGCAGCUCAGCAAGUACCGCGGCUCCGGGUGCGUGCCCAAGAUGGCGCCGGCGGGCGCGGAGGGCAAGCAGUCCCCGGGGCCUGACUGCAUCACGGCCGUGCAGUACAGUCCGGCCAGCAAGUACGCCGUCGUGAAGGAGGAGACAGGCAAGCAGGCCGGCGCCGUGUGAAGCCGUGAAGUGCGCGAUGCCGCUCCCUCAAAGUAUUUUUCUAAGUACGUAAUACUAUUUUUUUUUAGGUGUGUUCCUCGUGAAUACAUUUAAAAUCUGCCAGUUAAAAAUGUGCUAGUGGAACUGUUAAAAAAGUUUUAAUUUUUAAUGUUCUGCAUACUGAAUGUGCAUCUUUCUACAAGACUUUUCGAGGUGGCCACCAGACCGGGAACAUGGAGAGACACGCGAUUGGCUGUGAAUUAUUUUUCCGGCAAGAACCCAGUUGACCCAUGAAUUUUUGAAAGCUAUCAGAAAUUUUCUGUUUUUUCUUGCGACAUGAAAAAAUGCUUAUUUGAAAAUCUACUCGCUGUGUGUACAAACUGCGUCACUUAAUGCCAUUUUGACUGGUGCUGUUCACUUUCUCACGUUCUGCACGGUGAGAGAGAGAUGUGAUAAGAGACUUGACAGAGGUGGGAUAGCAGAUGAUGCACACUUUCCGUAGGGUUUCUUCUCUCUUGUGGUUUGAUUAUUGUGAUGUAUUUUUUUUAUUUCACUGUGUAAAUACUACCAAAUUGUGUUUUGGAGAAAUACUUUAGCAUGAAUUUGAUUAUAAGUAUACAAUAGUAUAAUUUAUUUCAAUUUGAUGUUAAUGAACUUAUUUUUUAGUUGUGACUUUUUUUAAAAAAAUAGAUUUGACAUUGCCAGUUCACCCUGCAUUUUUGUUGAGUUUUGUUGUUUUGUUUUAUGAAAUGUAAAGUUUUUGGGCUGUGAAUGUAUAUGUUUAUAACAAUAUGGGCAGAGUGCAGGUAAUGGCUAAGAUCUCGGUAAUAGAGUUUGGUUUGAAUCUAACAAGUGUUUCAACUAACACUGUGAGCCCAUUUUUACAUUAACAAUAUAAAUGGUUAACUAUAAUCAAUUAUUGAUAUGCAUAUUAGCGGUUCAGAGUUCAUCUCUGUUUUUGUUUGUUGCUAGGGCUGGGCUCUUCAAACUUGAAUCAGUCCCGGAGUUUAAUCUGAAAAUUUGAACUUUGUGGGAAUUAUUUAUCUGUUUAUCGAAGUACGCUCACACAGAAGUGUGGUGACUGAUCAACACGCAAGCCUGCUCUCUGUUGGGCUCCGAGUACACGACUGCAGUUAGUGGUACGCUACAUGCUUGGCAGUUGUGUUCUGCUCACUGCUGUCACCGUAUUUACCCACGUAUGUGUCGCAGAUUUUAUGCAGAUUUUUUGUUGAAUAAAAUGUACUGUGAUCCAUGUGCAAAAAUUACCAUUUUGGGUUAUAAUGACUAUAUGCUUAAUUAACUAGCCUGUGUUGGUUUUUAAUAAAUAUGUCACGAGUAAA